AUGAGCAUCAUAUCCUGGGAUUUUCAUGAGAUCACAAUACUGAAGAAGGAAGUCCAUAGCCUUCUUGGCUUUGGGCGGUCCAUAGCAACUAAUAUUUGUACAUCGUUUGAUAUCAAGAGAAUAGAUGUACAUAUUACAGUGAGCUUCAAUCCAAGACCAUGGUACCAAACAUUCGGAGAAGGAAU